AUGACGGCGCCGAGGGUCGAGGCAAGAUCGCUCUCGCAGCUCAACUAUCUCGCCGCAAAUCCGCCCAGGUACCCCGUCAAUCCCACCGAGGCAAAGCAGCCGCCCCUCACACUGUACAUCUCGCGGGUGCCCGGAUCAAGAGACGUUAUCCUGUCCCCCUUCAAACCCCAGCUCAAAAACGUCACGGGCGAGGAUAUCGCCAACUCCUUCUACCUGAUCCACCUGGACCAGGCCUCCGACGAGCUGCUGUUGGCUCAUUCCCAGGACGCCAAUGGUGGCUCACCGACUUCGCAUUACGCUCCUUCUAUUGCCUCUGCCCACUCGCCCAUCGCGAGGAAGCCCUUGCCCGCCUCCGCCAAAGUCUCGGCCCCGGUUCCGGUGCCGCCGGUUUCCGAAGCGCCGACUCAGGCCACGGUCUCGCCUGUGGUGUUCCGGGCCGGCCAAACUGAUGGAUCCGAUGUCUUGCGCGUGGGGCAGCCUGCCCUCGGUCGUCCGGGUCAGGAGAUGAGGUCCCCAAAGAAUGUCUCGUUUGGACCAGACCUCUCGUAUCCAAAUCGCUAUGGAGACCUGCCUGCCGACCGCCCUACGCUUCCACCUAGGCCAGAUAGCCAAACAGUAGUGCCAAGUCAACAAUCACAAGGCCCCAUGACAAGAAAGCCCCUUGGGCCAAGAUCGCUCGAGAUCCCACAUCAGCCAGCGCUCUCACAGAAGGACGCGCCCCGGCCCCUGAGCGGUGGCAAAUUUGACGGCCUAUUGCCUUCUCAAACUCCAGGUGCUGACCACUCUCCAUCUUUUCCAACUCCCGUACCUUCGCCCAAACCCCCACCCGUGCAGCCUGCGCAUGAGCCCACGCCUCGAGCCGACUCGCACAGGUUCCCGUCACCUCCAAGGUCACCCUCACCAGCCAAGCGCGACCUAGUCCCUUUCACUCUCACCCUGAUCCGCCGUGAUCCCGUUACCGGUAACCAGUGGAAUGUCGGUAAGGUGUCUUCUUUCCAGCAGUCCGCCGAAGCCCCGGUCGCGGACGACCAUGCCGCCGAUGCUGCCAACGGUCCCACGAUCGCCGAGCUGGCCGGCGUGGCCCCGCCUGUCGCCCCUCCGGCUAGGAAUUCGAGCAGCGCCCCUCCUGCCGUUAACAUCAGGAUCGAGACCUCAGGCUACGCCAAGUUCCGCGGCAUGUUUACUACCCGCGAGAGCCUGGACAUAGGUCGUAAUCGUACAGGCUCGGCCUCUUCGUCGGUCUUUCGUGGGGUUCAAGGCGGGAUAGCUGGAAAUUCAAGCGCCGACUCGCUGUCAAUGGUGUACUUCACCCGCCAGUUGCUCAUGGGCUACACCAAGAGCUGGACCACCAACAUUCGAGACCACCUGCGCAACAACAAAAAUCGCAGCAACAGCGCCGUUUCCGACUACGACACCGCUGUGGUGGGAGCAGGAAACCGGAAGAGCCCGACGUCGCCUCUCGAGGCGCCACCCCGGCCGCCUUUUUACCCGCGGCCCAGUAGUGCCGGGUCCGCGGGUUCAGGCGCCUCGGUCACCUCGCCGCACGGGUCCCCCCUCAGGGGCAUGGCGGGCCUGCAGGCGCUCCAGAAGAACCUCGACAGCCACAUAGAGAGCAGCAGCCACAACCAGGCUCACAGCCCCAACGGCAACCACAUCGUGACGGCGCCCGGGCCUGGCCUCCGGCCACGCGGCUAUGUCUUCGCCAGCCCUUGGGACGGCCUCUGCGAGUUCCGCACCAGCAGCAGCGGGCGUGGCGUCAAGUGCGUGCACUCCCUGGGCGGCUGCGUCGGCGCCGCGGACAACGGCGACGGGUCCCCCACGUCGCCGCAUCAGCCGCCGGCCACGCUCGUCAGCGAGCUGCGCUUCAACCUGCCCAGCACCGACCUGUUCCGCGACAAGGGGCUCGAGAUCCACGGCAAGCUGGACCGCCUGCGGCUCGACGCCCAGCGCACCCUGGCGGCGCACGGCCACCACCGCGGCAGCCGCAGCCUCGACCACAGCCCCACCGCCCACGACUUCCCAGACCCGUUCGAGACCGAGAUGGGCCUCGGCCGCGAGCGCGCCGGCGGCGGCAACAGGGGCAAGCGCGCAAAGCUGGGCAAGCUCAUCAUCUACGAGGAGGGCCUCAAGAUGCUGGACCUGGUGGUUGCGGCCAACAUGGGCGUCUGGUGGGGGGCUUGGGAAAGGAGCUUCUGA